CUCUACUUCACGUAAGUUGCACACAGUAAGUGACAAUUGAACUGUCUCAAGCACACCAAAGGCCUUUUAAACGGUCUCUAUAGAAAAGAAACGGUCAAGAUAAAAUAAUAUUGUGUAGAUUUUUCCCUUUUUUUUCCUUAUCAGUGCAAAAAAUCAGAUUGAAUAAAUUAUUAAAAGUUAAUUUAUCAAAAAAAUUUAUUCGAAUUAUGGCGGAAGAAAGUGGAAGGCCAAAUAUUGCCUCUAGGCUCAAAUUAAACAUGAACGAGUCACCUUUCUUUUGUAAAAUUAUUGAGCUGAUACUGUGCAUUGUCAGUGUGGGACUGAUAGUGGGACCAUUUAAUAGUCGAUUACAUGCAAAUUUUAAAAACACUGGAUUAGUUUAUGUAGCGAUUUGUGGCUACGUUUUAAUAAAUUCAAUUAUCAUUUUUUGCUACUUAAUUGGCGAGAAGAUGCCAAAAAAAAUGUCUCUCUUUUUUACUGGAAUGGGAGCUAUAUUGUGUUUUGCUGCUGGUGUGAUUUUAAUCUACGACUGGGACAAUUUCGAAAACAAUUUAAUUUCUCAAUAUUUAAAUCAAUAUCUCGAUCAAACAUUGGCCAGUGGAAUUUUUGCACUUUUAGCUGCUUUUGUCUUUGCACUGGACGUGUACUUUAUAAAUAAAUACGAAUAGCGUGAUUUAAUAAAAAAAAGAAAGAAAGAAAGAAAAAAAAUUUUUUACAUUGCCGUUAUAUAUAUAUGUAUAUAGAAAAAAUAAUAGAAACGCCUAAAUAUUCCAUAAAACAUACAUUAAUUAAAAUUGAAAAAAUUUAAAAUACAAAAUAUAAAUUUUAAAUUUUGUAUUGAAAAUCCAGAAAGUAGGUAAAAUAAUUAAACGAUUUAUUUUUUUUACUAAAUAAUUUUACUGAAUCUAUAUAGAACUGCAAAAGUUUCUAUAUAUUAUAGGUAAAAUUAUUUUAUUUCAAAAAAAAUAUGGCAGAAUAAUUAAUGUU